CAAACUAGUUUGCUCGUCCAGGAGAGGGGAGUGCGGAAGGAAGAGUGCUCGCAGGGCCGUUGCCUCGCGAUUCCUGUUGAAUGCGGUGAAGAAUGCGUCAGGGCGAAGGCGAUAGGGGCCAGCACACGGUGGCCAGCUUGCUGUUCCACUACUUGUCGUGCUCGUGAGAUGCUCAUUGUUUGCCAAGUCUACGCGAGGUUGAGCGAGAAUCCCAGGAGGUAGGAGAACAAAAGAUUUUGUGGGGUUUUCAGGUUUCAUAUUUUUAGGGUUUCUUCAGUAUUGUCUCCCGCAUAGUAUGUCUGCGAGCGAUGUGCUUGUGCGGCCGGGAAGGAGGGCUGGAGGCUGGCGCUGGGACUGUGAUUUCUGAAUGGUCAUAGGGCACCUGGUUUACGACGCAGCUUGAUUUCGUCACUGGGUAUGCUCUGCUGCGUGGAAGGGGAGAAGGAAGGGAAUUGAAGGAAAGAGUGGGUAGGGUACCAUGUUUUAUGGUGCCAUGAUAUGGGAUCCUUGGCUGAUACUUGCACAGAUAGUAUGUAUUCAGUCACUGUACUACAUGAGUUUAGGAAUUUUCUUGUGGACGUUUGUGGGUACGCAAGUAUCCGAACUCACGCUCAAGUAUUUCUUCAACCAUUCCUUAGUCACGGGGGCUUCGGUUGUCGGGUGGAGCAUCAUCGCUGCUUACGUCGUCAACGCUUUGUGCGGAGCGGCAUAUGUGUUUAUAUUGGUAGAGAGGGCCAAGAAGUGCCUAGAUUUCACUGUGACACUGUACAUUAUUCACCUCAUUUUAUGUGUUCUUUACGACGGCUUCCCGACUAGCUUUUUAUGGUGGUUUGUGUACAUCUUAUGUGUGGUGGUCACUGCUCUUCUUGGAGAGUGGCUGUGCAUGCGACGGGAAUUGAAAGACAUUCCUAUGCGAAGUACUCGUCUUGAUGUUUGAGCACAGGAAUUGUUUAAAUUACAACGAUGCCAAUUGGUGUUGCACCCCAGCGUUGGCGGUGGGGUUCGGUUUUUUAAAAGCAGCACAAGAGGGAUUUUCACUUUUGAUGUACAUCUAGAGGGAUACACCUCCACAUAUUUCAUGGUACAAUUCUUAGGUUUCUUUCACUCUACAGUUUCGUUCUUCUUUCAGCAUAGCAGCAUAACACCAAUUUGUUCUCUGGGACCAGUGGUGAAUUUCCCCUGUCCCCAACCUGAAUGGAACCCUUCAGAGAACAUGGCGGACCCAACGACCUCGUGGUAGUUUGAAGAAGAUGAAGCCUAGACACGCAUUGUUAAAUAACACAGUUCCUUACGUUGCAAGGCGCUUUGAAGGUUAUGUCUAGACUGUGGUGGGAAUGUCGACUGGGAAACCUACAGAGGGACCAUGUUUUCUUUCUGUAGCAGUUCUUACUUUUACUUUAUCCAUAACAUUUGUGGUUACGAAGUGCCAGCUUUCAUGUGGGCAUAUUAGCUCAUAAACAUUGAAUAAUUGGCAUCGUUGAGGAAAUUUUGUAUCCUUUUGAUUCGGAAUGUCUUCGGGAAGAGGGAACUCUUUUUAUCGUCUUCCUUUUAACGCUGAACGGCCUCACUUGAGCAUCCUCUUUCCUCAGCCUCCACUAGAAAAGGAGGAGUUACGCAAGGACAUUGUCUAAGAUGGCCUCAAGUGCAUUCAGUCUGUUGUUUCCUGGCGGUUGGACCUCCUUGGAGGCUGACCUCAAGUUACGAUUACAAUUUCUUAGCUCUUACACAUUGAUUGGGAAUAAACUGUCCAUCAUAUUAGAAAUAUCUCUAAGUCAAGACAACCUUGAGUGGCUGGCCUGAAUGCUUACAAUAGAAGUUCCGACGCAUUUCGAUGUACUCUUUAGUAACCCAACCAACUUUGAAACGGGAUGUAUUUGAAA